AUGGAUUAUCCAUCACGUAAGCAUCGUAUCAGAUCUCACUCUGGAUAUAAUGCCUAUCCGUGUAAGCAAUGUGCAGAAGUCUGCAGUUGUAUCAGCACUCCUGUGAGAACUCUUAUCGGAGAUAAAUUCUAUGAAUGUAAGGAGUGUGGGAAAGUUUUCAGUCAGUCCUCAAGCCUCACUACACAUAUAAGAAUUCACAGUGGAGAAAGGCCUUAUCAGUGUAAGGAAUGUGGGAAGGCUUUUACUCAGUCCUCAAACCUUACUAAACAUAUGAGAACUCGCAGUGGAGAGAGGCCAUAUGAAUGUAAGGAAAGUGGCAAAGCCUUUCAUCAUUCCUCAGACCUCACUAGACACAAGAGGACUCACAGUGGAGAGAGGCCUUAUGAAUGUCAGGAGUGUGGAACUCACCAUGGACAGAGACCUUAUGAAUGUAAGGAAUGUGGGAAAGCUUUUCCUAAGUCCUCAAACCUCAGUUUGUGUACAGACAAUCAUAGUGAAGACAAGUUUUAUGACUGUAAGAAAAGUGGGAAAGCUUUUAGUCAGUUCUCACAGCUUCCUUCACAUAUUAGGAAUCACAGUGAGAGAGGACUUUAUGAAUGUAGGAAAUGUGGGAAAGCUUUCCAUCGGUUCUCAAACCUCACAACACACAAAAGAAUUCACAGUGGAGAGAGGCCUUAUGAAUGUCAGGCAUGUGGCAAAGCUUAUAACCGGUCAUCGGCCAUCCGACACUUUGUAGCCAGCCCCGUCCUGGCGCCGCCGGUGCGGAGCCGGCCCCAGAGCACGUGCGCGGCCGGGGGCGGGGAUAGGACUGGGGGCCAGCGAGAGCAAAGCAGCCAGGCACGGGGCCGGGGAACAGCACGCUCCCCAAAGGCUGAGGAGCCCUGGGCCGAGAUCCGGGGAGCAUGUGCAGCCUGCGCCUCCCCCACUCGGGAAAGGGCCCCCUCUCUGAGCCGGGCUUCAAGUUGGCAAAAAUCGGAAUGUCUUAGAGAAGCCCAGCAUAGCCUGGACCUCACUGAGCCAGGGACUGAGGACAAUCAGACCGGCGUAGUGUAG